AUGGGGAACUGCCUGAAUCCCCGCACCGCCGAGGAUGUCUUCGUUCCCGAGUCCCCCGUGCGCUUCGGCGGGAGGAGACGCUGGGCUCGCUCCCCGGAGAGGAGACCGCGCCGCCGGGAGUCCCACCAGGCGCGAGCGGCGCCGCUGACCCUGGAGGAGCAGGUGAGGGUCGCUCAAAGGCUCAGCCAAAUACAGCGUCUGCCUGCAGGGGUGUACGGAUCGGAUGGGUUAGGAGAAGACACGCAGCAGGAGUGUGCGAUCUGUUCCAUGGACUUCGUUUGCGGGGACCGCACUCGAUCUCUGCCCUGCAAGCACGUCUAUCAUCUGGACUGUAUAGACGAGUGGUUGAUGCGGUCCUGCACCUGCCCCUACUGCCGCAGGCCCCCGGAGGUGCCGCCGCCUCCAACCCAGGGGAAGAAUUGA